CUUUGGACAUUAAUACGAAUCGUUAAUGCCCAAAAGCCCUAAAGUUAAUUACUCAGCGAAUCUUCAACCUUAAAAAGAAGUAAAGAAAAAUCUCGAAAAUUCUGUUGUAAUUCGAAUGGAAGAAGUAUCUCUGUCUCUGAGAUCUUCUUCUUCUCUCUGGAAUUUCCCAAAUUGGAUUUGAUUGAUGAAAUUGUUAUUUAGAUUAUUAGCAGGAGAAAAUGUCAUGGGGAUUAGGAUGGAAGAGAUCUUCAGAAAUAUUUCAUUUAACAUUGGUAUACGGUGAUAAUGAUAACGAUAGUAAUAGUAAUAAUGCAGAUGAAACAACACCUCGUUCAUCUUCAGUUUCAUCAGCAUCAUCAUCUGUAUCUGCUGCUGGUUCUUUUCAAUAUGAACCAGGUUUACGUGUUGAAUUAGAUUGGUCUGCUGGUGAUGAUGAAGAUCAAAUUGCACUUAGGUUGCAAUCUCAACUUAUGGUUGCUUCACCACCACCACAAGAUUCUGUUGUUGUUGAAAUUAAUCACAAAGUUGAUAGUGGUGAUGAUGACGGAGAAGAUAAUGUUGGUGUUGAUAUGAAAGUUGUUAGAAGAAGAGAACCAUUACGGUUGAUUAUUUUGUCAAAGACUGUUGGAUCAGGACAACAGAGUGAUGGUGUUGGGGUUUUAACUCGUUUGAUUCGGUCUAAUUUGGAAGGAUCGCCGGGGAUUGAUGACGGAGCUCUCGGUUUCUCCGAGCAUUGGAAAUCUGUUACUUGUUUAAGUAUCUCUGGAUGCAGUUUAUCGGUAUUGCCGGUGGAGUUAACCCGUCUGCCCCUUCUUGAGAGGCUAUACCUUGAUAAUAAUAAACUAACACACCUCCCCCCCGAGCUUGGUGAACUGAGAACUUUGAAAGUACUAACGGUUGACUACAACAUGCUGGCAUCUGUACCUGCAGUCGAGCUCAGGCAGUGCGUUGGAUUAGUGGAGUUGUCCCUGGAACAUAACAAACUGGUCCGCCCUCUUCUUGAUUUCAGAGCUAUGUCAGAGUUAUGUAUUCUUAGGCUAUUUGGCAAUCCCCUUGAGUUUUUACCGGAAAUAUUGCCCUUACACAAGCUCCGCCACUUAUCUCUUGCAAAUAUAAGGAUCGAAGGAAAUGACAGUUUGAAAUCUGUACAAGUACGAAUUGAGAUGGAGAACGGUUCCUACUUCAUUGCAUCUAGACACAAAUUGAGUGCUUUCUUCUCGCUUAUUUUCCGAUUUUCUUCUUGUCAUCAUCCUUUACUAGCAUCUGCACUGGCCAAAAUCAUGCAAGAUCAUGGGAAUCGAAUCGUUGUUGGUAAAGAUGAGAACGCCGUGCGGCAACUCAUAAGUAUGAUGAGCAGUGAUAACCAACAUGUGAUUGAACAAGCAAGCUCUGCUCUUUCAGCACUAGCAGCAGAUGUUUCUGUUGCCAUGCAGUUGAUGAAAUCGGACAUCAUGCGGCCCAUUCAGUCAUUAUUGAGAUCUGUGGCCCCAGAAGAAUUAAAAUCUGUGUUGCAAGUUGUGGUUAACUUGGCUUUUGCUUCUGAUGCUGUUGCUCGAAAGAUAUUAACCAAAGAUGUUUUGAGAUCUCUGAAAGUUUUAUGUGCCCACAGAGACAGUGAGGUGCAACGAUUAGCUCUUCUUGCUGUCGGUAACUUGGGCUUCUGUAUAGAGAACCGUCGCACUCUAGUUACUUCCGAAAGUCUGCGUGAACUUUUGCUACGCCUGAUGGUGGCAUCCGAUCAGCGCGUGUAUAAAGCUGCUGCACGUGCUUUGGCGAUCCUCGGGGAGAAUGAGAAUCUCAGGCGAACGUUGAGAGGAAGGCCAAUUGCAAAGCAAGGUUUGCGUAUACUUGCAAUGGAUGGCGGGGGAAUGAAAGGUCUAGCAACUGUCCAGAUGCUUAAACAGAUUGAGCAAGGAACAGGGAAGCGCAUACAUGAGAUGUUUGACCUCAUAUGUGGCACAUCCACUGGUGGUAUGCUUGCUGUUGCUCUUGGAAUCAAACAGAUGAGCUUGGAUGAGUGCGAAGAGAUAUACAAGAAGCUUGGGAAACUUGUGUUUGCUGAACCUACCCCCAAGGACAACGAAGCUGCAACUUGGAGGGAAAAGCUGGAUCAACUCUACAAAAGCUCAUCUCAGAGCUUUAGAGUUGUCGUACACGGGUCUAAACACAGUGCUGAUCAAUUUGAGCGAUUGCUGAAAGAGAUGUGUGCUGAUGAGGAAGGUGACCUUUUAAUAGAAUCGGCUGUGAAAAGCAUUCCCAAAGUUUUUGUAGUGGCGACACUCGUGAGUGUAGCACCAGCGCAGCCUUUUCUGUUCCGUAAUUAUCAGUAUCCUGCAGGCAUCCAGGAGAGACCUCUUGGAACAACAGAAAUUACAAGUGGCUCUGCUGUUGGGACAGAUGGUACUGGUACUCAAGCUGGAUUUAAGCAUUGUGCUUUUAUUGGAAGCUGUAAGCAUCAUAUAUGGCAGGCUAUCAGAGCAUCAUCAGCUGCUCCAUAUUAUCUUGACGAUUUCUCAGAUGAUGUGAACCGCUGGCAAGACGGUGCAAUUGUGGCAAAUAAUCCAGCUAUUUUUGCCAUAAGAGAGGCACAACUGCUGUGGCCUGAUGCAAAAAUUGACUGUUUAGUCUCUAUUGGAUGUGGUUCUGUGCCGAUAAAGGUUCGAAAAGGUGGGUGGCGUUAUCUGGAUACUGGGCAGGUUUUGAUUGAGAGUGCAUGCUCAACGGAACGAGUGGAGGAAGCAUUAAAUGCAUUGUUACCGUUGCUUCCUGAAAUACAAUAUUUUCGAUUUGAACCAGUUGACGAACGAUGUGAUAUGGAGCUGGACGAGACUGAUCCUGCUUUAUGGCUUAAGUUGGAAGGUGCCACACAGGAAUACAUGGAGGAAUAUUCAGAGGCCUUCAAAAAUGUAUGUGAUAGAUUACUUCUUCUUCACGAAGAAAAAUCGUCAGACAAGAUGAAUUCUCCAUAUGGUCGUAAAACAACCCUUUCAAACACGGUGAUAGAUGAGAAUAGCCCUUCUUUGGGUUGGAGGCGUAUGGUGCUGCUUGUGGAAGCUUCUCAUAGUCCUGAUUCAGGGAGAGCAGUUUAUCAUGCCCGGUCCCUGGAGACAUUUUCUGCCCGAACUGGCAUAAGGUUAUCUUGUAUAAAUAAAAUUUCGGGGUUCUCAAAGUCUGCACCUGCAACAACUUUUGCUACGCCAUUUGCUUCACCUUUGUUUACUGGAAGCUUCCCGUCAAGUCCACUUCUAUACAGUCCUGAAGUUGCUUCACAGAGGGUUAACCGAAUAGAUUUAGUCCCUCCACUAAGCUUGGACGAGUGCCAAACUGGAAAAUCACCUGGUUCACCACCAAAAUCUCCUAUGCGGCCUAGAGAGCUCUCAGCUCCUGUCCAAUCUUUGCAGGAAAAACUUCAAAGUUCACCGCAAGUGGGCAUUAUACAUUUGGCCCUUCAAAAUGAUGCUGUGGGCUCAAUAUUGAGUUGGCAAAAUGAUGUUUUUGUGGUUGCUGAACCCGGGGAACUGGCAGAUAGAUUUCUACGAAGUGUUAAAUUAAGUUUUAUGUCAAUGGUCAAGGGUCGCAACAGGAAAGAAACAACAGCCUUAUCAAAAAUUUCAACUGUAGCUGAUCUGAUUGCAUACAAGCCGAAUUUCCAGAUCGGGUGUGUCGUCCAUAGGUAUAUUGGACGACAAACUCAAGUCAUGGAGGAUGACCAGGAAAUUGGGGCAUAUAUGUUCCGCCGAACAGUGCCAUCGAUUCACUUAUCGCCAGAUGAUGUUCGUUGGAUGUUCCAGAUUGGAGCAUGGAGAGACAGAAUAAUAAUCUGCAGUGGGGCAUUCGGACCUACCCCAAGUUUAGUGAAGGCGUUUCUUGAUAGUGGUGCCAAAGCUGUUAUUUGUCCAUCAACAAAACCACCAGAGACACAGUCGGCAACGUUUCAUGGUUCAGUUGAAUUCAACACCCUAGAUAACGGGAGAUUUGAGAUUGGAGAUGAGGAAACAGAAGAGGAAGAUAUGCAACAGCAACCACAGCAACCCCCAAGUCCAGUCAGUGACUGGGAAGACAGCGACCCAGAUAAAGCACAAGAGUUGGUGGAUGAUGAAGAAGAGUUAUCGCGGUUCAUUUGUCUGUUAUAUGAUACCUUAUUUCGGGAAGGUGCAAGAGUGGACGUAGCUCUGCAGCACGCGCUUGCUUCACAUCCAAAUCUGAGGUUUUCAUGUCAUCUUCCAAGUAUACCAUAAUUUUGUAAAGAAAAGUAACAUCUACAGAAGAAAAAAAAGAAAACAGAAAAUACAAUAAAGAAUAUAGGAUAGUGUAUCAAUCAAAUUUAAUCGAAAAGGAAUAAAAGGAAUAUAUGAACAUUUAGAUCAAUUUUGAUGUUGAGAAAUAGAUAUCUUUCUUAGUUUUGUCUGUUUAAACAAUAAUUACAUUCAAUAUGUAUCAAAAGACAGUCCAGUUGGUUUGCCAGGAUUAAUAAAUACUUCAGCUGUCCUU